UGCGCAGCGCCUCUAGCGGGCUUCGGGUGCUCGGGUCCUCACUCCUCAAUCUACACAAGAGCGUCAAAAUUCCCCGGUACCUACUUAGCGUGUUUUGUGGACGGGGCUAUUGGUGUAACACGUGGGUGCACAAACUAUUCCUGUGCGAUCUGUUCGUCACUGAUAUGGGCAACAAGGUGACCUGUUGUGUGAGUUCGGCAAGUCCACGUACAAGCAAAAAAAGUCGGGAGGAGCGAUACCUUCCAGUAGAAGAGGUCGUCACUAUCCAGAGAGUAGAAAGUGCUUCCAACCUGCAGCACAUAAGUGAACGGGAACCUGAAGAUAAUGAAGAAGAUCCAUCUACACAUCCAACUGCGGGACCACUUUUCGUUAGUCGAUCCAAGCCUGAUCUUCUGAAUGCCAAAUGCAAUGUACGCAGACGAAGCCAUAACCAUGUGGCGUCUAUCAAGCAUACAAAAUUGGAAACAAGGAAGUACAGCUCAUGCUCAACCAUAUUUCUCGAUGACAGUACAGUGAGCCAGCCGAAUCUGAAAAACACAAUCAAGUGCGUUGCUCUGGCCAUCUUCUAUCAUAUCCGGAACCGGACCACUAGUGACACAGAUGUUCGCCAUUUGAAUAUAUUGGAUGAGAAAGCUCACCCUUUGUCAAAGGACAUGGUACCUAUGGAUUAUGACUGCCGGGAUCCUGAGCACAGGCACAUAUACAAGUUCAUUCGCACUCUUUUCAACGCUGCUCAACUUACAGCAGAGUGUGCUAUUAUCACGUUGGUUUAUGUAGAAAGACUGCUGACAUAUGCAGAGAUCGACAUAAUGCCAGCGACGUGGAAGCGAAUUGUGCUUGGUGCUAUUCUGCUAGCAUCUAAAGUUUGGGAUGACCAGGCAGUGUGGAACGUUGACUACUGUCAGAUUUUAAAGGAAGUCACUGUAGAUGAUAUGAAUGAACUAGAGCGUCAAUUUCUGGAGCUUCUUCAGUUUAACAUAAAUGUGACAUCAAGUGUUUAUGCAAAAUAUUACUUUAACCUUCGAUCUCUGGCAGACGCAAACGACCUCACAUUCCCUACUGAACCUCUCAGCAAAGAAAGAGCUCUAAGAUUAGAGGCUAUGUCACAGGUUACAGAAAUGAAGAUGGCUGACCUUGCUAAAGGAAGUAUACGAAAGACGGCAAGUUUAGACAAUAUGUGUUGUCGGCAUUGCCAAGCAGUCCUGUCCUAACAGCAUUGAUACACAAUGAUGCAAUAAAGUGUGAUGACCAUUUGUACAAUUGCAUAGACAUGAACAGUCUAAUACUGUUGAUGUCUGGCUGUCCUGUGUACCUUAAAACGAACAGUGUUUUAUAUAUUGGCAUGACGAUCCCUGUUUGUUUACAUGGCUACUAAUGUCAGGAAAAAUUAAUAAAAAAUAGUCGUUUUGGGACAUGUCACGUAUGCUUGAAUCAUGCACGAACUUUGUAUAAAAGUUAUUAACUAGUCGUUCGGUAUUAACGGUACUUGCAAUCAAUAUAACUCUCUUUAUUCAUAGUGGGAAUUUGUUUAAUAGGGCAGCAUUUUCAUGUAGAAGCUAAUCAGACGAUCUUAAUGUGAUUUAUGGAAAAAAAUACCAUUGAGAUUCGGUUGAUUUCUUGUCAAAAAUGUGUAGUUCAGUAUAUUAUGAUACUUAUGACGUAACUGUUCAUAUGUUUCUGCAUAGCUGUGUUAUUAUACAUUAUUAUUGUUAUUAUUAUUACUAAUAAUAUUGUUAUUAUUAUUA